UUCGCCGCUGAAACGUUACGAAACGACACGCGUUCGAUCGGUCUCUCAUCGAAGAUUAAUCCCUGCUUACUCGGGCUCUUCGAAGCUUCGACGAAGAGCAAGCGAUUCGAGCUAUCGUCGCGUCCGAAUCUGACGCUUUUCGAUAUAGUCCAUUCAAAUUAGCCUUGGACGUAACGUUAAACGUUUGUCCGCACACGACGCCCUCAGCGGGUUAGUUGUUCAGGAGUUUCAUUAGAAGUGCAGGUUAAACGUUGAAGAAAUUGUGUAUCAAGCAUGCUAUUUACUACGAAAAUAAUUUGCAAUUCCGCAUUCAGGCACACUGUGAAGCAACUAUUUUUAGUUGAGCAUCUUGUUAAACACCAAUUUUAUGGUCAGUUACGAGCAGGAACAUAUUUAUCGAGUCUGGUAACGCAAAGGUUUUAUAGCUCGAAACAAGUGUUCAGUAGGAGUAAGCCCCAUUGUAACGUUGGUACAAUCGGACAUGUCGAUCAUGGAAAAACGACGCUUACAGCAGCUAUUACCAAGGUUCUUUCUCAAAUGGAACUCGCAACAGCGAAAGAAUACUCUGAUAUUGAUAAAGCACCCGAAGAAAAAGCACGUGGUAUAACUAUUAAUGUCGCGCAUGUUGAAUAUCAGACAGAGAAACGCCAUUAUGGACAUACCGAUUGUCCAGGACAUGCGGAUUAUAUCAAAAACAUGAUUACUGGAACGUCACAGAUGGAUGGAGCUAUACUUGUCGUUGCUGCUACAGAUGGUACCAUGCCACAAACUCGAGAGCAUCUACUUCUUGCUAAGCAGAUUGGUAUCACUAACAUUGUCGUUUUCAUCAAUAAGGUUGACAUUGCAGACAAUGAAAUGGUCGAUUUAGUAGAAAUGGAAAUAAGAGAGUUGUUAACCGAAAUGGGUUAUGAUGGACUAAACGUACCUGUUAUUAAAGGUAGUGCCCUUUGUGCGAUAGAGGGUACUAAUUCAGACAUAGGACGGGAUGCUAUAAUGAAAUUGUUAGAGGCUGUGGAUUCUUAUAUUCCAACCCCUGUGAGAGAAUUGGACAAACCUUUCUGCUUACCGAUAGAAAAUAUUUACUCUGUUACGGGUAGAGGGACGGUAGUUACUGGCAGAUUGGAACGUGGAAAGAUAAAGAAGGGCAUGGAAUGUGAGGUGCUUGGGUACAACAAGAAAAUGAAGGCCACGAUAACAGGAAUAGAAAUGUUUCAUCAAACGUUGGAAGAAGCCGAGGCGGGAGACCAAAUGGGUGCUUUGCUUAGAGGUUUAAAAAGAGAUGACGUCAGAAGGGGUAUGAUAAUGUGUAAACCAGGAAGUAUGAGUGCCUACGAUCAUUUGGAAUGUCAAUUGUACAUGCUGACUCCUGCGGAAGGAGGUAGGAAAAAGCCUAUUAAUAAUCUCAUGCAAGCUCAAGUGUUUUCCAAGACUUGGGAUUGCGCAGCUCAGGUAAAUGUGCAAAAGGACUUGAUCAUGCCUGGCGAAGACUUCAGUGUUACGUUAAAAUUGUUAAGACCAAUGGUGUGUGAAAAGGGCCAGCGAUUUACGAUAAGAUCUGGCUCAACGACUAUAGCAACUGGAGUAAUCACGAAAAUUUUGACAGGUCUCACCGAAAACGAACGAUUAAGUCUUCUCGCAGGUAGAAAGAAAACAAAGAAACUAGAGGCGCAAGCUUAACUCAAAUUAUUUACUGCAUUUAUCCUGUAUCAAUUAAUAAAACCAUGUAGAACUAUAUUCAACAAAUCACACACACACACACACACACACACACACACACACACACACACACACACACACACAAAAUCGUAAAAUAUUCGAUUUAAAAAUAUUACUUUCAGUCAUGUUGGAAAUUAAUAAAUAAACUGUUUUUGUAUAUAAUGUAUUUUAAUUUUCUGUUUUUAAGAUGGUCGAUUUUUAUUAUCGAUAAAGCAUAAUUUCCUCAACAAAUAGAGAACGUAAGUACUUUAAACUAUUUGAAAAUGUCCUAACUUUGAAAAAACAGUUCAACGAUGAUUUAUUGAGUCCAAUACAUCAACGGUACAAGUUGUUUCAAACAACAGAUGAGACACUGAUACGAAAUAUUUCGUUCUCCUCUUACUUCUGUUAAUUCUUAACCAUAGUUGUGCUAUGGUGUUUGUGUACACAUUACUUGGUGCAUUCGGGUGUAUUCAAUUGGCAAUAAAAUAAAGGAAUUAGGGAAAGGA